AUGCGCGAGCAAGCGACCCAGCCUGUGUCACUUGGUGAUACGGGCGCUCGUCAUGAAGACACUCAUGUCUUCACAGAGUAUGAGCUCGGUGUCUCGUACUCUCCUGAUACGGAAGACGGAUCCGUAUCGACGGCAAUUGAAUCCGAGCCGCCUGCCAAGCGUGGCAUGGACGAUGCUAUGCGUCGUAGCAUCUUUGGUUCAUCUGAUGAAUCAGAUGAACCAUCGCCGAAGCGAAGGCGCUCGAGGUCGCGAGACUCGGGCGCUAACAGUGGUGUCGGUUCUCCUAUGGACACCACUUCGCAACGAGGUGCCAGUACUUCUGUCGGCACAUCGCAGGAAGAGCGGGACCGCAAUGUGUUGCGUCUCGCUCCUGAGAAGAAGGCAUGGAUGCCUCCAAAAUCCGUCAUGGAUCACUUGUCGGCGACGACGAGUGAUCGUUAUCGAACACGAUUGUUCGAUUCGUCAAGGAUCCAUCACCUUGACCCCAGUGCGAAAAACUAUCGCACUGAACAUGAAUUCUUCAUCGAUGCUUUCUUCAAACAUCGAUGGUACAGUGGGAAUCACAAACGUGAUGGUCCCUCACUGCUUCAAGCGUGGAACGCCUACAUCCAUAACCUUGAGGAUGUAGGUCGUGACGCUUGGAACGACAAACUUAUCAAAGCUCGUGAUAAGUUUGAAAAGCGAACCCCGACAGGUGCACGCUACAAUCUGCAUCUUCUGUCAAGGGAGAAAGAAUUACCCUGCCUCUCUUGGGGAGACUCGUGCCCAUAUUGUGUGAACAACUCUGCACGAGCACCUAAGGAGACUUACCUCCUUACCAGCCCGUGGUGGCGCGUACGUAUAUCUACUGAGCUGUACGAAGGGAUUGACAACCUGAAAUCCCUUUACGACCGUGCCGGGAAGACUUUCUCCGGCGGUACUUCUGCGGCACAUGAUGUGCCUCGUCGUACUGCUCAACCAGACCCAGUACGUCAAUCAUCAGUUGGGAGCGGGGCUCCCAAGUAUCCCAGGACGGGGAUAGCCGCGCCACCAGACGAGGUAACUCGUCCGACGUCCGUUCACGUCGCGGUGGUUCAACAGAUGCUCAACUAG